AUGUUCGGGGGCCUCUUCGCGGCGGAGCCCGGGGCGCCCCCGGCGCCCGCCCCCCCGGCGCCCGCCCCGCCGGCGAAGGUGAAGCGGCCCAUGAACGCCUUCAUGGUGUGGUCGAGCGCGCAGCGGCGGCUGGUGGCGGCCGAGCACCCCAAGAUGCACAACUCGGAGAUCUCGAAGCGGCUGGGCGCCGCCUGGAAGCGGCUGCCCGAGGCCGACAAGCGGCCCUUCGUCGACGAGGCCAAGCGGCUGCGCGCCCGCCACCUCAAGGACCACCCCGACUACAAGUACCGGCCGCGCCGCAAGGGCCCGCCCGCCGCCGCCGCCGCCGCCCGCCCCAGGGCCCACGCCCACGCCGCCGCCGCCGCGCCGCCCCGCUGGACGGGCUACGGGGGCGCCCCGGCCGCGCCCGACGGCGGCGCGCUGCCCGGCAGCAGCGGGGACUACUCGGCGCCGGCGCCGGCGCCGCCAGGGGCCCGCGGCUACGACUACGGCCCCUACAGCAGCCUGGCUUUCAGCCCCCAGCAGUCUGUCCCAAUGGUCACCAUGAUGGGAAAGCAAGAUGGCAUGCCGCCCCCGACGCAGAUGCCCCACCCGCUUGGCGACUUCCACGACAUGAUGGCCGCCUACGGCUUGCAGGGCUGCGAUGUGUCCGAUGGGUUGGCCCAGUACGGCCUCCCUCAGCACUCCUAUCCGCACCUGGGGCUCAACGGCGCCGCCCCGCUGGCCCAUCUCUGA